CCACCACAUAGCUCCGCCCCUCAUUCUUCAGAUUGGUCAUGCAGAAAACUUCCGUCUUUAGCGAGCGAUUCCAAUCCUCACAGAAAGGAAAAUAUUCAAAAGAGUUACCGAGCUCAUCGGCAGUCAAAUAAACAUCUAUACGAGCUUCACACAGAGAUCGUCUGGGCCCCCCUCAUCCCGAGCCCCCCAGGAGUGAAUGACGCUCCCCCCGUCCCUUCCGUGCCCUGACGAGGAUGACAAUGGAAGAGAUGAAGAAUGAAGCGGACGCAACCUCGAUGGUAUCCAUGACUCUCUACGCCGUGAUGUACCCUGUCUUCAAUGAGCUGGAGAGAGUAAAUCUGUCUGCAGCACAGACUCUGAGAGCAGCUUUCAUAAAGGCAGAGAAGGAGAACCCUGGAUUGACUCAGGAUAUUAUCAUGAAAAUUCUGGAGAAGAAGAAUGUGGACAUCAACUUCACAGAGUCUUUAUUACGCAUGGCUGCCGACGAUGUUGAGGAGUACAUGAUUGACAGGCCCGAGCGGGAGUUCCAGGACCUGAAUGAAAGAGCUCGCGCACUGAAACAGAUCCUCAGCAAAAUCCCUGAUGAAAUCAAUGACCGUGUCCGUUUCCUGCAGACAAUCAAAGAUAUAGCCAGUGCCAUAAAAGAACUACUGGACACAGUGAACAAUGUCUUUAAGAAAUACCAGUACCAGAACAGAAGGGCACUUGAGCAUCAGAAGAAAGAGUUUGUGAAACACUCAAAAAGCUUCAGCGACACUCUGAAAACAUACUUCAAAGACGGAAAGGCAAUAAACGUGUUUGCCAGUGCCAACCGGCUCAUCCACCAAACCAACUUGAUACUGCAGACCUUCAAAACUGUCGCGUAGGAGUCGUAGAAGUGUAUUUUUGUUUUUUUUAAUAACCUUUAUAUGAACAAUGUAAAAAAAAAAACCCCCACACCUUUGGACUGUAAUUUAUGAUUCUUUUCUCCUGGCAGUAACACUUAAGGCAAGGAUGGCUUCUAUUAUGGUUUCUAAUCCCAUCUAAAUCUAAUCUUCUUCAUGAGCUGGAUUGACCGCCCAAUGUUUCUCAUAUCCUGAGCUUUACAGUCACACUAUCGCUGUAGAGACUCUCUCGCUUGCUUUCUCCCUCUCUCUCGCUUCCGAAGUGUUUUUGUUCUGUCCGGUCAGUCCAAGAGAGAGCCAAAUGCCUGGGGGCCUUAACGGUGAGGGACACGGGGUGUUCCAGACGUGCUUGUAAAUGCUGGGGUUUAGCUGUCUCCUCAGAUGCUUUGAACUUGAAUGAAAGAUGUAUAUUUAAUAGAUAUUUGGUAACAGAAUUGUUCAAAUAAACAGCACAUGUCAAACAAAA